GUUCCUCCAAGUUGUCAGACAGUCACAUCUUGCUCCACCUUGUCCAGUUCUCAAUCAUGGCUCACCCUCUCGUGUGGCCUGGAAGAUACUACUUCUAUCCCAUUGGAAAUACACCCUCUGUCUGUCUUACGAGAGAUAUGCCUCCUGAAGAGGAUGCUCAUAUUCUGCUUCUUGGAUGCGGCGAUCCGCGCAAUGUACUGUACACGGUCUAUAACGAGCCGUCAAACAGCAUCAGAGCUCUCGACUUUACGUGCUGUGACAUCGAACCAGCGAUUCUUGCGCGCAAUGUCCUAUUGCUCACAAUGAUUGCCGAUAAGGAGCUCCCUCAAACUGUCAUAUGGGACACCUUCUUCCACUUCCACCUCGACAAAAACUCAUUGUCAGCACUGACUGUGCAGUGCCAAAAGCUCAUCGAGCUUUCUGCCACUCUCCGCGAAUGGAAUGAGUCCGCAUAUGGACAAUUCGUUCGGAUGUCUACGGAGUACACAUUGGUGGAACUACGGCGCCAUUGGUCUCUUUACGUCGACAUGCAACACCUGCCGCGUCCCAAACUCGACGAGUUACGCGAGGGGUUCCGGAAGAUGUCGAAGUCUACCUUGGAUAAGUUUAGUGUCAAUGCCAGCUCCGCGCGCUCUGCUGGUCCGCUCAUGUUGGCGGCAGUGGAGACCUCUUCGGAUCUGUUCAGGCAAUUCUGGAAGACUGGUGUUACCUACACCGAUCCGAAAAAGAUCUCAGCUGCAACGUCGCUCAAUCCCACAUUCUUCCAUUCCCUCGCAGGUCAGAACUGUUCCAUCCAUUACGGCAUUGACCCGAUGGUUCCUUUCCACCUCGCCGAAGUCUAUGGGAAUACCAGACGCAAGCCGUCCGCUGCGGACGUUGUGAAGGCUGCGAAAGCCGAGUUCGAGAAAUGGUGCUCGGCUUUUGCAGCGCUCCUGUCCCCUACGUCUAGCAAAAGGGUGGUUGUCCGCAUGAUCUGCGGAGAUUGCAUGGCUAUAUGUCAGGCGCUCAGGACGUUCGCGUUCACCGAAUCUCUGAGCCCUAAUAUCCCUGUUGCGCAAUGGAAGGCACAGGUCAUUCAUCUCGAAAAAGAGGAGUACAUCUCGAAGCGCGCACCGGCGUUGUUCAACGUCAUCGACACAUCCAAUCUUAUCGAUCAUAUUGGUCUUUUGAACAUCCUCAUCGCUGCAGUACCUAUCCUAUCGCCAUCAACGCCUUCUAGCGUUCUCUACACGGAAUCUCUGCUGUUCCGAGGGGAGGACGCUACGAAAGAGUUCAUGGAGUUGCUUUACGCAGACCUCACGGCAAUUGGCCUCUUAUUCGGAGUAUGCCCCAUCGAUUACCUAUCAGGAUUCACGUCGCGAUCGAAUUCGCAUGAAUUGAUGCUACAUAUGGCGACCAAGAGAAAGUCGAAUCAGUUCCAUCAAGUGACAACAUGGAAAGCUCCGGUCUCCGGUGACGCACUUUUGGCUCGUUCUGGAAGGCAUGCGGCAUCUCCGUCCUGUGACUCGUUGCAAUUGGGAACAUUCCUUUAUGACAUGUACCAUGAAAUAUUUCAGCAGGAGGACGCCAUGAAUUUCUGGCGCUUGAACCAAGGAAAUUUGACGAGGGCCUUUGCUUCCUCCAAUAUUCUUCACUACUCUCGGGAGAGCUUCGUUCUACUUCUGAAGCUCGUUAGGGAUCGACUUAGAAUCCCAGAGGAGAAUUGGUUGGAGGUCAUGGAUCGCUUCUUCGACCUUCAGGAUGCCGAUCAAAGUGCUCCCAUGGACCGCAAUAACAUGCAGGAGUUUUGCGCUCAGCUGCAUCGCCAUAGUGUGUACACAGCGCCGCACAUGAAGCCGACACCGCCUAAGACCGGCAUUUUCUCCUCUUGGGACUCUGUGCCCACGCUUGUGCGCAUCAUCCUCAUUGUUCCACGCGAAAAGCUGUCGAUACUUGAAGAGUCCGCAGAACAGAUUGGCACGCCUAUCUUAAAUUGCGACAUCAGAGGGAAAUGGUCGCACAACAUCUAUUCCUCCGUUCACGUCGCAUACGGGACAGUAAUCAGGAUGGGGACAGGUUCCGGUACCUGGGCCGUAUUUACGGAGGAUAGCGCUGGGGCUCGUGGAUCUUCGUCCCUUGUGGCAUCUUUCACUAUGUCGAGCUGUCUUCUCACCGACAUCGAACCUAUGGAGAAUUUUCUAAUCCGCCUUUCGGUUCGGAGCACGCCCGCUUCCGCCGUGUUGGUUUCGAAACUUGGCUUGGAACUUACCCUCUUCCAUGCUAGGCUCAUGGACCAAUCUGCAGUGAUCGUGCUGCCUGAACGGCCAUUGCCUACCCGUGCGUUAUUGCAUCGCGAGCCCGCGGAUGACUCCCAUCUACAAGUUCAAAUCGGACCGUGUACAAACCUUCAAGUGACAUUUGACGAGCAAUGCGAGCUUGUGACAUCCCUGACAUCCAGGAUCUCCGUCGACGAUGAGGAAGUUCGGAAAAGUUUCAAAAAUGGCGCCACACCGUCCAUUAUCCAGCUUUCGCCUUGCACUAUGCGCCUAGGGAUAGGCAAGGGUAUUCAAGAUGUCGCGUUCCCGUUUCCAGUUAUAGGAAGCCAGAAUAAGCUGCGCUUGGCUAGGACAUCUAUGUAUGUGGAAGUUGUCGUCCCUCCAUAUAGCCCAUUGAAACCCGAUGGCAUGAAACUGAAUCCAUGGCCGGUCACUGUUAGCAGAGGCAUUCUUGGUCUUUACAGUAUUCAUCGUCUAAAUCUGGCCCGGAUGCCCGUUCUCGAUAUCAAGGCCUUCAAGCUAGAUCAAUGGCUUAACUCACACCUCGGAUCCCAGAUGUCCUCUCGAGAACGUUCUCUUCGAAAGAAGCACGAGGAGGACACCUUGAUGUACAUCAAAGAUUCCCUUCAUUCCAUCUUCGUUCGCUCAGCUGGAAUACAGGGAGGCCCUGCCGGCAGACUGUUUGCACUGCGCGACAACGCAACAAACAAUUGCGACACUGUUCUUUUCGUCAGCGAUCUACGAUAUGACCUUCACUGCCAUACCGUCAUCUGCGAUGCGUUCGUUCUACCGCUCACACACGACUUGCUGUUCACGAUUGAAAAAUCGUUCGCGAAGCUGGUUCACGAAGGACAGAUGAACAACAUUACUGUGUACGGCAAUGAGAUGGCCGCCUGGAAGCAGCUGUUGCCCGUGCUCGUUGAACGAUGCAGGUUGUCUUGGACACAUGGCACCAAUUGUGAGUAUAAAUCCGAGGGGAGAAUACCACGGUGCGAAGACAUGGAGAAGAAUCCUCUGUGCACUUGCGGACAGGGCCAAGACACGGAGCCCAUGAAACGGAACAAGUUGUGGAGCCCAGUGGCUCCUUACGUCACGCGGGUCGCGCUGUCGCCUCUCUUCGUGGUAUCCUAUUUGGAAACUAUUGGACGAGAUCCUGCAGCACAUAAAUGUUUCGUCUGUCGUGGAAAGGGCAAGCCAAAACUGUUGGCGUGCACGGGAUGCCUGAAAGUUCGAUAUUGUUCACGGGAUUGUCAGAAGAAGCACUGGAAGGUGCAUAAACUGCAAUGUAAGCGGUAACUGACUCUCAGCAGACUGACGUUGUGCAGCCGUUCUUGUGAUAAAUGCUCUCGGGACGAUAUAUUUUGUGUCUCGUGACAUAUAAAUUCAUGAAACAUUGAUGUGGAAU